CUUCUCUGUGGGCUCAAGAAAAGACCACCCGCUUCAGGAUGAACUCUCCUUUGGGGCCAAGAGUCUCACUGGAUCCAGCGCAAGAGCCCUGCUGUGUGGCCACUCCACUUUCACCCAGCAGGUGGGACAGCUCCCAGAGCAGCACCUCCAGCCUGGACCAACCUGUUCCCAUCAAUCCCACGCCUGGGGCUCAGGCUACUGCCUGGGUCCCCUUCCCCACAGUCGAUGUUCCGGACCAUGCCCACUACACCCUAGGCACGGUGGUCCUGCUGGUGGGCCUCACAGGAAUGCUGGGCAAUCUGACAGUCAUCUAUACCUUUUGCAGGAGCAGAAGCCUCAGGACACCUGCCAACAUGUUCAUUAUCAACCUUGCAAUCAGCGACUUCCUCAUGUCCUUCACCCAGGCCCCUGUUGUAUUUGCCAGCAGCCUCUAUAAGCGGUGGCUCUUUGGGGAGGCAGGCUGCAAGUUCUAUGCCUUCUGUGGGGCUCUCUUUGGCAUCACCUCCAUGAUCACUCUGACAGCCAUCGCCCUGGACCGCUACCUGGUGAUCACACGCCCAUUGGCCACCAUUGGGGUGGUGUCCAAGAGACGAGCAGCACUUGUCUUGCUGGGAGUCUGGCUCUAUGCCCUGGCCUGGAGUCUUCCACCCUUCUUUGGCUGGAGUGCCUACGUGCCCGAGGGGCUGCUGACCUCCUGUUCCUGGGACUAUGUGAGCUUCACGCCAUCGGUCCGUGCCUACACCAUGCUGCUCUUCUGCUUUGUGUUCUUCCUUCCCCUGCUUGUCAUCAUCUACUGCUACGUCUUCAUCUUCAGGGCCAUUCGGGAGACAGGCCAGGCUCUCCAGACUUUUGGGUCCUGUGAAGGCCACAGUGAAUUGCCCCGGCAACAGCAGCGGCUGCAGAGCGAGUGGAAAACGGCCAAGAUUGUCUUGCUAGUCAUCCUUCUCUUCGUGCUGUCCUGGGCACCCUACUCCACUGUGGCCUUGAUGGCCUUUGCUGGGUAUGCGCAUGUCCUAACGCCCUACAUGAACUCAGUGCCAGCUGUCAUCGCCAAGGCCUCUGCCAUCCACAACCCCAUCAUUUACGCCAUCACCCACCCUAAGUACAGAAUGGCCAUAGCCCAGCACCUGCCCUGCCUAGGUGUGCUGCUUGGUGUAUCGGUCCAGCGCACUGGCCCAUAUACCAGCUACCAUUCCACCCACCGCUCCACACUGAGCAGCCAGGCCUCGGACCUCAGCUGGAUCUCCAGACGGAAGCGCCAGGAGUCCCUGGGCUCUGAAAGUGAGGUGGGCUGGACAGACAUGGAAGCAGCAGCUAUGUGGGGGUCUGCCCAGCAAGUAAGUGGCUGGUCCCCAUGCAGUCAGGGCCUGGAGGACAUAGAAGCCAAGGCCCUUCCUCAGCCCCAGGGACAUGAAGCACAGGAUCCCAGGAAGGUGCUGCUCCCCAGUCUGGACUCCAGGAUAUAGGGCAUCACUGGAUCUCCUUUUCUUCUGGAUAUGCCCAGUGCCCUGCCCAACACAGACCCAGGAUUACCUCCUGAGUCUGUGGGCUUUGGAAGUAGCCCUGUCACUUGUGGUGUGCUAGAUUCAUAUCCCAAAACACAAAGCUCCUGCCAUGCAAAGUGUUCUGCACGCACUUCUCAUCUUGGCAGCCUGCACCCCAGGCUCAUCCUGAAGAGUGGAGCCCAGCCCUCCUGCUCCUGGAGCCACCUGCCCCUCUUCAAGUGCUGUGUGCCAUGAUUGAGUGAUGACAAUGGCGAUGGCUCCAUGGGGCACACCAGCUAUUUAUGAGUUGCCUCCGCACCCAGGCUGGGCACUUUGUUGGCAUGGGAAAGCCAGCACUGUAUCUCCCUCAGUCAGCAGUUAAAGCUGAACACAGACCUUCAUGUACUGGAAACUCUUAUUUAUCAGUAGCUUUUCCCCACAGUGUACUGUUUCCACUGUGCUCCACACUCUUGUGCACACAUACAUUUGCAAGCACACUCUCUGCAUGUACAUAUUUGCAUGCAUACUCAGCAUAUGUGUGCACACUUUGCACUUGUGAUUUCUUUCAAAUCAGUGGUCUAAGUUUAACCCAGGGC